UCUCAUCUACAAAUAGCCUCUCAUUUAUCUUGAAAUCCAACACAAAGAAAACUAUCAAGCCAUGCAGUUCUUUAGUCUCCUUCAAGCUCUUCUCAUUGCCGGAGCUCUCUCCGGCCUCAUCGGACUCUUGGCUGAAGCUCAAGACUGCGGCUGCAGCUCAGACCUGUGCUGCAGCCAGUGGGGUUACUGUGGCAGCGGCAACGACUUCUGCGGCAAAGGGUGUAAACAAGGGCCUUGCUUUGGCAAUAAUGACGGUGGAGACCGAGUUCAAGACUACGGAGACGGAGGUGGAGACGAUGGAGAAGGUGGUGGAGACGGUGGAGACGGAGGUGGAGACGGAGGUGGAGACGGAAGUGGAGACGGAGGCGGAGACGGAAGUGGAGACGGAGGUGGAGACGGUGGAGACGAUGGAGAUGGUGGAGAGGGAGGUGGAGACGGUGGAGACGGAAGUGGAGACGGAGGUGGAGACGGUGGAGACGAUGGAGAUGGUGGAGACGGAGGUGGAGACGGAAGUGGAGACGGUGGAGACGGUGGAGAUGAUGGAGAUGGUGGAGACGGAAACGGAGACGGAAACGGAGACGGUGGAGACGAUGGAGAUGGUGGAGAUGGAAGUGGAGACGGUGGAGACGGAGGAGACGGAGGUGGAGACGGUGGAGACGGAGGUGGAGACGGUGGAGUCGGAGGUGGACACGGUGGAGGCGGAGGUGGACACGGUGGAGGCGGAGGUGGAACUGUUGGUGAUAUUGUAACUCCGGCUUUCUUUGACGGAAUUGCUUCUAAGGCUGGGGUUGGUUGCGCCGGGAAGGGAUUCUAUACUCGCAAUGCGUUCCUUUCUGCUGCUGGGUCGUUCCCGGACUUUGGCACCACCGGCAACAACGAUGUCAAGAAGAGGGAAAUCGCUGCUUUCUUCGCUCAAGUCACCCAUGAGACUGGACAUUUCUGCUACAUUGAAGAAAUAGCAAAGAGAAAGUAUUGCCAGGCUAGCCAUAAAUAUCCAUGCAAUCCUGAUAAGAAUUACUUCGGUCGUGGCCCACUUCAGCUGACUUGGAACUACAACUACAUCCCGGCCAGCCAGGCUAUCGGCUUCGACGGCCUGAACUCCCCGGAGACUGUUGCCAAUGACAAUGUCAUAUCCUUCAAGGCUGCUUUGUGGUUUUGGGAUGUUAACGGGGUGCACAAUGCCAUAACUUCCGGCCAGGGCUUUGGAGCCACCACCAGAAUUAUCAAUAGCCAUGAGUGUGACGGCAAACACCCAAACCAAAUGAAUGCUCGUGUGGGGUACUAUAAAGACUAUUGCAAGCAGCUUGGUGUGUCUCCCGGAGAUUAUCUCACUUGUUAUUUAGGACGUUAAUUAUAUAUAGUUUUAUAAUAAGUUCAUCCAUGCAUGCAUGCAUCUUAUAAUAAGUCACUGUGGAAUAAUAUGAAUGUGUGUGUGACUCAAAUUAAGUGAUAUUAAUGAAUAAAUAAACUAGAUGUACAUGUUGAAAAUUGCGAGCCCCAGUUGUUG